AUGUCUCCGCAGAUCCCGAGUCCGGACUUUACCACUCUCCCCACAGACCUCAAGACGCUGGUCGUCGACCAUAUCAGCCGUCCCACCGACCUCAAGAGCUUGUGCCUCACCUCCAAGCAGCUCCGCGAAAUCACCGUCCGCCGCCUGUACCGCCAAGUCACCAUCGACGUCGGCUCCAGCAAAGACACGCGCCUUGGCGCCUUCCUCAACCCCAAAAACAUCGGCCUGCCACACAUCCGCAAGCUCGACUUGUACCUGACAGAGGUGCUCGACAAAUGCAACCAGAUACACCAGGCCAACUUCGCUGUCCGCAUGAUCCUGGAGCUGCUGCCCGAGAACAUACUCGACAAAUUCUCGUGGCAUCCCUGGUCGCCCUUCUCCGCCGACAACCUGGUCCUGCUGUACAAGAAGCAGAAGCGUCUGAAGUGGGCAGAAAGCAUCGCCCUCGACAGACAUGUACUGGACCAACUACAGAAGAUUCCAGGCUUCAAGGAGCAAUUCGCCAAUGUUCGCAAGAUUGGCCUAUACCCAGACUCUCGAGAGGUCCUCGAAUACUGCCAUUUCAUCCUGAAGCACACGUCCAAUCUCGAUAAGAUCACAUUGCAUGCAAGUUUCGAGGACAGUGACGUCCCAAUACCAGACAGAGAACUCAACGACUCGUCCACUGGCCCUGGUCUCAUCACGUCCACCAUAUUUAGCCACAUGCAACCAUUUGCAAAGUGCACGCCUCUUGCGCUCAAGGAGAUUACACUGCAGAAACUUGGCCUGCGGUAUGCAGCAGACACCUACUGUAAACUCAUCGACUUCCGCACCGUCAAAAGCAUUCGCACCUUCACUUGUACUGGCACCGAUGCCUUGUUCGCCGAGUUGAGCAAGAGCACCAAAUUGCCGCAGAAGCUAGACACCUUGGAGGUCAAACUCGCAGACAAUCCCGAAAACGAUGGUCUGGGCGCCUUGGAUGGCUUCCUGUGCCUCGUUUCCGGCAUCAAGGUCCUCACACUGGACUACUCGGGUGUGAACAGCCUGCCUGCCUCUGCCGGCAUUGUGAGACACGGCAAGACGCUCAUUCAGUUGAGCAUUCACGCCUCAAGGGCGCCUGAAGAAUGUGACGAUGAGCUGGUGUACGACUAUGCCUCGUUCUCGCAGAUUUGCAAGGACUGCACGUUGAUCGAACAGCUCUCUGCAGCAUUUCCUAAAGUAAGCGUCGUCCGACCCAAGAGCGAAAGCUUUGCCAACUUCGAGAACUGCCUCGGUGACCUUCCCAGUCUCGUGACGCUCAACGUUACCACCUGGCCUACAACACAUCCGUCGUCGAGUAAACUCCCCCGCAAGAUUUACGAACAUCUCCUUGCAGGCCUCGCACAACAAGGUUUUGAGACCAGCGCCAAACACGCAAAAGCUCAGGGCCGUAGCUCCAAACUUGCCAUUGUUGCGUUCGGUGCCUCAGAUCGCGUGUACGACCGCGAAGACAGCGAGAACCAGAUCAUCUUCGUCAAGGGACGGCAAACAGAUCCAUUGGGCAACGAAAAAAGCACGGCGGUACAGAUUGGUUGGUGUCUGAGGAAAUUUAUAGAUGCGGGCGCCAAGAGCGAUGUCCUUGACUUCUCGUUGAGCCAUACGUGCAGACCACCGACAGAAGAUCCACCAAGUAGCGAAGAUUCUGAUUAG